AUGUAUUCAAAAUUUUGCAACCCUUUGCUUUGUUUGUCAAACUUUAUUUGUGAGCCAUGCGUUUGAUGAAAUUUUGUUGUUGCCUUCCCUUGCGGGUUGGUGUAAUCAUAACAGGCUGCCUGUUCGGCACAAUGGACUUGGUACUGGGCUCUAUUGGCUUUUAUAUGGUGAUUAAGAACGACUUUCCGCAACCAGUACACAAGUUCUUCGAUAAGAUGGAUACUCGCACUUGUGUCGCGUGCUUCUCCAGCGUAUUCUAUCUAAUGUCCAUGAAUGAUGGCAUGCUCAUCUAUGGCGCAGUGAGAAGGAAAGCCGGAUAUAUGGGUCCUUGGCUUAUAGUUAAUUUCUUGGUGCUGAUUUGUACAAUAGUCACGGCUCUGCUCAGUCCAGUGGCGAUUAUUCGCAUUGCUCUGCUCAUCUAUAGCAUGCUGGUGGUCAGUUCCUUCUUUGAUGAGCUCACAGAGUACUGAAAUUUCUGGUCUCGGGCCUGCAGAAGGUAGCAGGCAGCAGGCAGCAUGCAGUGCUGUCAAAAGCUGCGCUUAAGACUCAUUAAAAAUCCAUUAAACUCGAUAAAGCGAUACAAAAUGAAUACACAAUUUACGUUAAUAAGCUUUACACAAGCUGUCUGAGAAGUGGAGCACUUGGCGACAGUUUGGGCCCAGAGCAGACAAAAACAACAACAAAACCAAAAACGCGCAGCAAAUAAUAAAACAAAAAACAAAACAAAACGUCCAACUGAACGUCUCGAGUCUCGAGUGAUGACGGCCACUUAAAAGUCGCUUCAAUUUUGGACUCGGCAUUGAAGGCUUGAACUGAACUGAACUGAACUGAACAGAGCUGAACAGCAAAGAUUGCCACAAGCCUCAUGUGGCUUUAAUUUUUCGAACCUCAGCCCAAACUCAACUUUCAGAUGGUCAUGCAUCUGUUGCACAAACAUCAGAUGUGGCAGGCAGUCUAUAUAUCUAUCUAUCUAUAUAUGAAAAUUAUAAAAAUGAUUCAGGUGUAGCCAAGAUUAGUAAUCAAAUCAACAGUAAAUUUUCAAUACAUAUUU